UUGUCCUUACACUUCCUCUAUUGCAAUAUAAGCAAUCAAGUUUCUUUCUUUCUCCCUUUCAUUGUUCUAAAGUCCAAAUUAUUUACUUAGAAAUCAAGAAAUGGAGGCAAUGAAGAUGAAUCUUUUUGUUGCUUUGUUGGUGGUUAUGAUGGUGGCCUUCUCAGGCAUUCAACAAGUAGCUGCAGCUGAUGCUCCAGCUCCAAGCCCAACAUCUGAUGCCUUCACAUUUGCCCCCACUUUCUUUGCUUCUCUAGCAGCUUUGGCUUUUGGCUUCUUCUUCUAAGCAUGAUUUUUAAAUUUCAGGUUUUAAUUUAAUUAUUUAUUGUUGAUAGAAUUGUAUGGGUGUGGUUGAUCUUUUUGUUGGUGGAUUUGUAUUAUAUGAUGUAUAAUUAUUUUUGGUGAGAAUGUGAGGAUGGUUCAAUUUUAGGCCAAUAAAGAGGAUCGUGGGGGUUGGCAUUUGAUGUCCUUGUAUUUUCUCUAUCAUUGUAUCAGUGAUUCAUUUGUACUAAUAAAUUUCAUUCUUCUA